UCUGGCUUUAAUUGAAUGGCCAAUAAUAGCCCUCAGCCCAAGCCUUUAGAUUUUGAUGGUUUAAGAAUGAGUGGUAAGGCCUCGGGAGCUUCGGGGUCCGCGGGCGGCGGGUGGAACGAGCCCCGGUGUUCGGUGUUCGGUGAGGGCCGGCAGGGAGGGCCUGCACGAGGCUGCGGCGGCGCCCCCCCUACCCCGCCCAUCCCCUUCCCGCGGAGCGCCGGCGCCGCCAUGGGCCUGCAUUCCAACCUGUCGGUGCGAGCGGACUGCAUUGCAGCUGUGGCACUGGCUGCUGGGACUGCUGUGGUGGGCUAUCUAGCUUACAAAAGGUUUUUGGUGAAAGAAAAACGCUACAGGUCCAUGGUCAACCUCACCAUCCAGAAAGACAACCCCAAGGUUGUCCACGCAUUUGACAUGGAAGACUUAGGAGAGAAAGCUGUGUACUGCCGCUGCUGGAGGUCCAAGAAGUUCCCAUUCUGUGAUGGUGCCCACACAAAGCACAAUGAAGAGACCGGUGACAACGUGGGACCACUGAUCAUCAAGAAAAAAGAGGCAUAAUCAAUGGACAGUGUAGACUGAUUUAUCCUAAUGUUGCUGAUUGUUUUACAAGGAAUUAGAUUACUUCUGUCCAAUUUCCUUUCCCCGGGUUCUCAGUGUGGUCUCUUGUAAGCUAAGGCUUUCAUCUCUGUGCCCUCUGCCUUACUACUUGUCCAAACGCCGUGGAUACGCUCACUAUAAAGAAUCUUCCUGUC